AUGGCCUCGCACACAGGUACCGCGGCGCCCACACCCACGGUAUCCACCAUCCCCACGGCCUGCAUCCAGAGAGAUGUCGCACAACAGAUCAUCGUGGAACUACAGUUUGUAUCCAGGAUGCUUCUGGAGAGCUAUCUGAAGAAAGAGGCCGGGGUGCCAGAAUGCUGCAAGUACAGGCUGCCCUGUACCACCUCCAGCCCCCAGCUCCCCGACAGGAUCAACAGCUCGGCCAUCCUGUCCUACUUCCAGAAGAUCCACUCGGAGGAGCCAGAGCACAAGAAUCUCACCUUGGAGGUCAUAGAGCAGCUGGAGAAGCUCCACUCCCCACAGGAGCCGGGGGUCACAGUCUCCCUGCCCACGAACUCUGUGCAACGCAAGUGCUUCUUCCUGGCCAUUUUCAGACAGUUUUCCAAGUGCCUCGAACUAGUUCCUUUGAAGGCCGCACGGGACAAUGUGUGGGGGACACUGAGCGUGGAGGCUGACUGUGUCGGCAGCUACCAUUUCGCAUGGGAGGGGCUACGCAGCAGCCAGGCCGCUGUGGCUACGCUCGUAGAGACCGAGGGUGUCCACAGUGAAUGCCGGGCACUCACUGGGCACUUUACCCUAGAAAUUGAAGUGGCGUCUGACAAGCCUCUCCUGGACAGCCCCUUGUCCUCCUGCUUCUCAGCGCAGAUGGCCUCCCCCACAGGCUACACCUGGACUCCCCUCUCCGGAGUCUUGCCCUCUCCCCGGUUACCGCUGGGUACCACUCGGUACCACUGUGCUCUAAACCUAGUUCCGGGGACUGGAGAAAAGAAGACAGACCCCCAGCUCAUGUCCCUGCAUGACCGUGACCGUGACUGUGACCCGGCCAGCAAGGCAGAAACCCCGGCCCCCAACACACCCGGUCCCCAGGCCUCGUCCCCCGAGGGGGUCUGGGAGCUUCUCACAAAGCCUCCGGGAGCUCGGAGAUGCCCCAUGCUGCACCCUGACUCCGGACCCCGUCCUGGAAAUGGACAGACACGCUUUCAGGAGAGGCUGGGGAAGGGGCCCGGCCUUCGUGGGCAGCAGCCCCGGAGAAGCCUCGCGAAGAGCCGGGAGAGGCAGAGGAGGCGACCCGAGGGCCAGCCUGUCACCCCGCGAGCCCGGACGGACCUCACGCUCAACUUCCGGCCCCAAACCAGACGCCCGGAAGCUGACCCCCAGUAUGAGGACGGAAAACUGGACCUCGAGAUCAAAGGGCAGCGCCUGCCUGAGGACAGGAAGGCGGGGAGCAGCGGGAGCACGAGGACCGGAAGCCAGGGAGGUGCACGAGCACCGGAAGGCGGGGAAGGCAGGGCGGGGCGCGAGCACGACGACCGGAAGGGGGUGAGGGGCGCGAGCACGACGACCGGAAGUCAGGGGGCACGAGGACCGGAAGUCAGGGGGCACGAGCACGAGGACCGGAACUCAGAGUAUAAAGGCGAGACGAAGCCCAUGUUCAGGGACAUGAAGAAGCACGAGGCCGGAAGGGGGAGGUCGGGAGGCCCGGGUCUCGGGCAGGUGCCCCUCGUUCACUUCCAUCAAGGGGCCCUGGUGGCUCAGUGUGACUCGGUGUGUAGUGCGCUGGGCUGUGAGGUCAGGGGUUUGGAUCCAGGCGCUCCCUGGAAGCUGAUGGACCGGUUUGAAGGCCCCGGGCUUCACGGCAGGUGUCAGCGCUGUGACUCGGAGCCCGGCCGGGGUGGGCGGGGGACGGAGCCUUGGCUUGGCGAGCUCCCGGCCGCUGGACUGGAGGACAGGGCAACGGCUGACCAUGGUGGAGAAACAUGCGGACAGGCCCGGGGUCAGACAGACAUCAGGAUUCUGGACCGACGGCUGCUGCCGGGGCCAGUUAACAAGGGUGACAGCGGAAACCACGGGCUGCUUCACCUGUGA